AUGAACGUACCGUGGGAAGAGGUCUUCGUCCUGAACCUCCGGCGUUCCAGAGAUAGAUGGGCCGACAUGCGCUCCAAGCUGGGUAAGAUGGGCAUGUCGGCGCGCCGGCUGGAGGGGGUGGACGGGUCCGAGAUGUCGGUGGGGCUCGUCCGCCGCGACUCGACUGGCAUGUGCGCGGCCUUCUGUACCCCCGCCACCAUAGGGUGCUUCUUGUCGCACCGCAACGCCUGGAGGCAGAUCGUGAAGAGAGACCUGAGUAGCGCCCUCAUCCUGAAAGACGACGCCGAAUUCGGGCCAGACUUUCGCGACGUCAUCGAAGCAAUAACGCUGGAGCUGCCGGACGACUUCGACAUGCUGCUGUUGGGAUGCUUUCAGUUCUGCAACCAGGACGACUCGGUCACGGCGUUCGAGACAGGAUGGGCGACCGUCCUCUCUCGAGGUUGGCCAGAUCGGGCGGUACAGUUCUCCGAGCACCUCAGCAUUCCUGGAUUCACCACGGGCCUCCACGCAUACGUCCUGUCCAGGAAGGGAGCUGAGAAACUUCUGGACAGGUUCGAGAGAGCGAGCUUCCACGUAGAUAUAGCCCUGACGCUGGAUAGGGGAGACAUGCGAGUGUACUCUGCAAAUCCGCCCAUAGUGUUUCAAGACCAACGCGUCUCCGUAUCGCAGAUAGCAGCCAAGCCGCCCUAUCUCUUGAACAUACUGUUCGAUCGCAUCCCCAUGAACGAACAGGGCACCACGUUCGCAUACAUGAUGUCCGAGCCGGCCGGGCAGAUACCGCUCAUAGA